GAUUGGCUGUCAUGUUGCCGUAAAACGUCUCGGUGCUAAAGCAGCCUCAGUAGCGAACAGUAAACAGCACUUCUGUCACAAAAAAAGAUUAUUCUAAACAGAAAGGACUUAAUUUAAUAAUUUCUGCUGAGAUAAAAUGGCAGAAAAGUUCGACAACCUCGAGGAGCACCUGGAGAAGUUCAUAGAGAACAUCCGCCAGCUGGGAAUCAUCGUUAGUGACUUCCAGCCGAGCAGCCAGGCCGGACUCAACCAGAAACUAAACUUCAUGAUCUCCGGACUGCAGGACAUCGAGAAGUGUCGACAGCAGCUUCACGAGAUCAACGUCCCGCUGGAGGUCUUCGAAUACAUUGAUCAAGGCCGAAACCCACAGCUGUAUACCAAGGAGUGUCUGGAGCGAGCCUUGGCGAGAAAUGAGCAGGUCAAAGGGAAGAUAGACACCAUGACGAAAUUCAAAAGCCUUUUAAUCUCCGAGCUCAGCAAAGUUUUCCCCGAGGACAUGGCCAAGUAUAAGGCCAUACACGGAGAGGACGCCCCCUCCUAGUGCCCGCCGCACGCCGACCCCCCGACCUCCGACCUGUGGCCGAGAUGACUGCCCGAGCGCAGAAUCCUCCGACACAACACGACGCUAUCCAAUUUUUCUUUGUGUUUAGGUAUUGUGAUGCUGUUGGUCAGUUUUUCUGUCUACAUUUCAGCUUCAUGACCAGCAGAAGGUUCAGAGGAUGAACUAAAAAAACUGGAUUAUCACAUCGAAGUGUACACAUGAGUUCUUCCUGCCUGUGUUGAUACUUAGAUUUUGGAUUUGAAGGAAUUUUCCCCAGCUCGUGUACAUACACUAUUUAUACUCUGGACUUUUUAUAAUGCUUCCUAUUCAUCGAGCGACAUUCAUUUGUAUGGCACGCAGUCCCUAACUCCUUUCUUUUUUUUAAACCAAGCUCAGGUUUCUUAUGGCCAUGAAAAGUGAAUGCAAAUGUAAAUUAAGGUAAUUUUGUGCCUGAUCGUGUAAGACGGUCAGAUAUAAGUCGAUUCGUUGUUUGUUACCUGUUUGUAUCAUAAUGUUUGUUAAUAAAUGAUCCAUUUGGAUUGAUGUGA